AUGGCUGUUGUUGAGGCCGACUUUCUAAAUGUCAUGGCAGAGGUGCUGGAUCUCCAGCCUCAUGAGUCACCAGAUGAAGAUACAAGCAAGACGCCCUUGAGUGAAAUAUUGUGGGGAAUACUCACCGAUUGCCAAGAUAAAGUCGAAACUCUUGACCACGCUCUUAUUUCAGAAUAUGUAUUCGAACAGUUGAAUUCCAAGUUUGUGAACUUAAGCGAGGGCGAAGAUAACUUCAGAACGGAUCAGCCCGAAAAAUGGUGCACCCUUUUACAUGCUGCUUCACAAGAUUCUGGUCUUGAAUUUGUUGUCUUUGCACACAUUUUGUUAAACCUCUCAUAUCUAUCGCUGAUAAAUGCACAGAAGCUCAGCCGGAUACCGAAUCUGAAAGAUGGUCUAUGGAGAAUUUUGACCCAUAAGCCCUCAUUUUCAGAACUGAUAGCAGCUGCCAUAAGUGAGCUAUAUACACAAGUUCUGGCUGCUGACUGCUGUCCCAAAGAUGUCAAGAAUCUAUACGAAGAGGCGAAAAACGGUUCGAAAAUAGCACUCGGAGUAUUGAACACUUUGGGAAAUGCGCUAUCUGAUCCCAGUUGUCAGAGCUACAUAUAUUUCGAAAAUGGUUACAAGUCAUUCGAAAUCAGUCCACCAACUUCGCAGUUUUGUAUACAAAUUUGGGCGAUCUUUCAUCGUGUGACAUCAAAUCGAAUAUUCUCCUUGAACAAUAACCUCUUUAUCGAAAUACGGCAAUCCAUUCUGUGCAUUUCCGAUGAUGAGUUUGUUCUUGCGAUGUUUGAAACAUUUGAGUUCACCACCGAUGUCUUUUACAACGUGACGCUGAAUGUGACAGGAAACGCAUUUUCGCUGUACGUCGAUGGCGCUCCCAUCGAGACUAUAUUAAUUCCACAUGCAUCACAACGGACCUUAAGAAAUAUGGAGCUGGGCUCCAUGAUUUCGUCAUUCAAAGUUUUUAAGUUUCGGGUAUGGUCUGAACCGCUUUUCGAGACUUGCGUAAAGUUGACCAACCAAUUACCACUAUGGCAGCCAGGUGACCUCAUAGGCAACAGUACUUCACAAAAAAAGGCAUCUGGUGAGUUUGAUGCGAGCUUUUUGCAAGACGUUUGCCAGUCUAUUGAAACGCCGGGCAUGACUAUGGGACUUUGCGCACAACAUGCGCAGCAAUUGAGGAAGUCAAAUCUGGUCAUAAAUUUCGCUCCACUAGAGAUAAUGGAUGGGAUCGAAAUCCCGAAUUGUGAUGAUUAUUCCUUGAUUAUAGACGAAGAGAGCUCUCAUGACAUUGGAAAGAUAUUGUAUUUUAAGCGUUCUCCCUCACUCGCAUGCUUCGAAGCUAUAUGUGUCAAUGAUCAAAUUCUCAGCCUAAUACAGGGCAGCGAAAAUCUUAAUGAUCUUUACGAGCACAUGGAGCAUUUCACAACAAUGAUGCGCUGCACGAAACUGAGGAGUUUCUUUGAAGAGACAAUCGGUUAUGAUUUUUUAAGUGUUUUCCUUGGUCUAGAAGUGCUGCCUAGAUUUAACGCUAGCCUGUCACUCCCUUUCAUGAACCUUUUUUUGGAAUUUUGCGGGUGGGAUACCAAGCAUGCAAGUAAUUCCAUUUUGAAAAAUGGCGAGGCUUGUUCUUCUUUGUUGCUGAACUUCAAUUGGUGGACAGGUAACGAGUCUUCCUUCGCAAAAGAUCCAACCAUUGAAAUUCUCCGUUAUCUUUUCUUCCAGUUCCGCGAAAUGCUGGAAAACUCCAAGUUCUCGAAUUUCAAUUAUCAACAACUAACCAAAUUACAAUUUUUGGAUAGACUGACAAUGUAUCUCGACUUAUCUUUUUCGAGUUCACAUCAAAGGCAGUUCGCUGAAGGCGUUCGCGAUGAAAUAGCCGAGGUUCUAAAGACCCUUUUGAAAAAAUGUUCGAGAAGCGAUGUGACCUCAUUAUUCCAUUUUGCAUACUACGAAGUAAAGAAAGGGCUGGAGGAAAGCGCGUCUUUGGUUAUGGUAUCCCUGAAUUGUGCGCUGCUGGAAAUGAUGGACGCUGAAGAUGAGGGCAGCAGAUCAAGUCUUCUCGAAUGCUUUCCUGUUAAACUCAUACUAAUGAUCAUCGACGCAGCUCACUCCAUCAGUGUAAUAUCAAGUGCUCUGAGCAUGCUGAUAAAAUUUUUAGAGCUGAGUCCUCCCUCACACUCAAAAUUUGUCAAAAACAAUGGUUACCGCAUCCUUUUUGAUAUCAUCAAAGAGACAAAAUACCAGGACUACGAGGAAUUGAUUUCUGUGAUAGUGAGACGUAAUGCUACCAAUGUCCAUCAUAGCGGCACCGAAAGCUGCAUUGUAUCACGCAUAAGCAGCACCGAGCCGGACAGUCACUGCCUGAUAGUCGACCUUUUGGAAUGGACUGUUUUGAAUGACAUUAGAGCUUCCUCCCAUAUUGACGUAAGCAGUAUCAUCUGCAAUUAUAUGAAAACAGUCAGCAAUUUGCAGGAAAUUCAUCCAGAAUGUGUUUUGUUCGACGCGCGGCGCAGCUCAUUUCUUGGGAAACUUUUAGGGCUUCUCAUGACCCUACAGAAACCACAAAAUACCGAUACGUAUUGUCACGCAUCUCAACUUUUGACGAGUGCAUUAACCAAUGCGCUUCUAUACCACCUAACGUCUCUCAACUCAAAAAGUUUUGCUGACCAAUUACUUUACUUGAUUAAAGGUAAAGGGAGCAAACCCAACAGGCGUUACUUAGAGCAGUUUUACUGGCUAUUUCCAUUUGGAAAUGUCCUUCAGCAGCUGGAAACUUUUAUACCGUCUUAUACCGAGCUGUUCCAACAGAGUGACUUCAAUAUCGUCAACAUUGUUCACUUAUUAGAAAUGUUUACCUCGAGCCCAAGUUUUUUCGAUUUAGCUGCUGAGCAAUACCUCCAUACCCACGCUAUUGCCACCUCGUGUACCGGCUGCUUAGGUCGCCUUACAAUGGAAAAUCAACUUGCGGGCGCUGUCCGCAUUUCCCUCAGGAAAGUCGACUUUCGAACAACCGUUGCAUUUUUUGGCACUAUAGAAAGCCGCGCGCCCGAAGCUCUGUCACCGCUCAUAAGAAAGUAUAUCGACAUAACCUUGAUGCAUCAAUUUACUUUUUAUGGCGUGAACAAACAGGCAGAAACCCCAGAUCUGGAAGCUGUUUCCUUCCUUUUCACAUCUCUUGCCUGGUGUCUAUCUUUUCAAGGUAUUUCAGGCGCGCAGUCCCCAAUCCUCAAUUGUCUGCGUAUAAUUGUACUCCAUCAUGAAGACCUGCUUGAAGGCAUCUCGAACCUCAUCGAUCGCAGUCUGAAGGCGAAGCUGAUGAAAGUUUUAUUGUCUUCUUUGUCCGCUAGCGAUGAGGAUCUUCUAAAAUCUUUGUCUUCCAACGACGUGCAGCCCGCUUUGGAAGCAUACACUCGAAAACAGAUAAAGUCAUACAGCAGAAGUUUAUCCAAACAAGAACCUAAAGGAAAGUUGGCUAGACUAGAAAAAGGUCACAUUUUUUUGACGCAAAGGGAAGCAGCUCUCGAAAGACGGUUAACGGAAAUUGAAGAUAUGCACAAAACAUUCAGCCGUGACGGACUCAGAGCAAGUGAGACUAUAGUUGGUAUCGAAGACAGAAAGCUGCUGUAUUUUCGGAGCGACCGAGAAGACGAGCUGAUACUUUUUUGUCAGCGCUAUCGCGAAUUCGAAAAAAGAACGUAUAACCGUCGAAGAAUUCAUAAUUGUGGUAUCACUACCGAAGAGUGGACAUUAGACGCCACGGAAGACUCGAAUCGAAUGAGAAGGCGGCUGAUACCCAACUGCAGCUUACCAAAAGCCUUGACACAUAUUCAAGAACUUAAUAAUGACAUCUCAAAAUCAACAUGUAAUGACCUGCCUGAAUGCCGCAACAGCGAACGGAGAGCUAACAGUAUCAUGUCAUUUGAAGUCAUCAAUGAAUUAGAUAUGUUGAACUUCGAGAGUCAAGAAAGCCCUGAUAGAAACAGGAAGGUUCUCAAGAUGCUCCAAAAAGGGGAUAUGAUAAGACGUAUUUGGAAUUGCAGUAACGUCGUUGGGCUUAAUAUCAGCGAGGGAGUUUUGGUUCUGGGACACGAGUUUUUAUAUUUUCUCGCCGGUUUCUUUUAUUCCGUGGGAGACUCGAAAGUAGUAGAGUUAUGGGAUGCUCCUCCUGCAGAAAGAGACCCUGCUGUGGAGCUAAUUCGUGGCUCCGGAAACCAAGACAAAGUAGUCAAAACAGAACACUCAGUUCAACGUUGGAAACUAACCCGGGUUUCUUUCAUCCUGAGAAGACCUUUUCUGUUGAGGGACUCGGCCAUCGAGAUAUCCUUCGACGACGGAACAGGAUGUUUCUACACGUUCCGAAACAAAUAUUGGCGAGACAAUGCCUACCAAUGGUUGGAAAGAGGUGGAAAAGGGCCAAAGAGCAAAACAAUUUUGUCCGACGUACUUGAGGAAUUAGCGGCCAAGAGCGAAAACAUCAGCGUUAAAAAUGGUCUCUCUGAAUACAAGCUUUCGGACAAGGUUGCGAAUGUCUUUUCUUAUAGCAGCAAUUCAUCCCUUUCCUUUAAAGCGUUAAAGCUAUGGCAGUCGGGCCAAAUCUCAAACUUUUAUUAUCUUACCGUUUUGAACACAUUGGCCGGAAGAACGUUUAAUGAUAUAACCCAAUACCCAGUGUUUCCUUGGGUUAUUGCGGACUAUCACAGCGAAGAGCUAGAUUUCAGAAACCCUCAAACUUUUCGGGACUUGUCGAAGCCUAUGGGAGCGCAGUCGGAGCCAAGAAAACAGCAAUUUACUGAGCGAUUUGAUGCCUUAAAGGAUUUGGGCGAAGAUGAGCCACCAUUUCACUACGGCACCCACUAUUCAUCGGCAAUGAUUGUCUCCUCAUAUAUGAUGCGGCUAAAACCCUUCGUUGAUUCAUACUUGUUACUGCAGGAUGGGAAAUUUGGCCAUGCGGACAGGCUUUUCAACUCUAUCGAACGAACUUGGACAUCAGCUUCUCAAAAAAAUACCACUGAUGUGAGGGAACUAAUUCCUGAGUUCUUUUAUCUUCCCGACUUUUUGAAAAACGUAAACUCUUACGAGUUAGGUCUUUUGCAGAAUGGCGACAAGGUAGAUAACGUUUUAUUACCUCCUUGGGCCAAAAACGACCCAAAGCUUUUCAUUGCCAAGAAUAGAGAGGCUUUGGAGUGUCCUUUUGUAUCUCAACGCCUUCAUGAUUGGAUCGAUCUCGUUUUUGGUUUCAAGCAAACAGGCGAGGCCGCUGUUCAGGCGGUCAACGUCUUCAACAAACUGAGCUACCCAGGUGCUGUGAACUUGGACAAAAUUGACAAUGAAAAUGAGCGCAAGGCUGUCACAGGCAUCAUACACAACUUCGGUCAAAGCCCGUUGCGAAUCUUUGACCAGCCACACCCUAGAAAAUCUCAGUGUUCCUCAAUGUCAUCAAAAGGCCAUGUUUUCCGCAAUCUGUCUGACGUACCUACCGUGACGGGCACGCACACAACAGAACGGGCGAGGCUAUUAAAUAACUUUGGCCUAAGGACAGAGGUAGUAGGAAUUACGGAAUCUACAUCUUUUGAUGUCAGUGUUGGUCGUCGCUCCUCCAUAUGCAUUGGCGGGACAGAGUUUUACGGUGCACACAAUUGUCGAAUUACCUGUUUGGAGAAGCUGAAGGGAAAUCAAUUUUGUACUGCAGACGAGCUAGGGCUCAUUAAACUUUGGAAAUGUAGCUCUGAUGGCAACGACUCUCAAUUAACCGAAGUUGCUCGGCUAGAUGCACACCUUUGCUCCGUGAAGGAGAUGUAUUCCUCCUGUCAAUACAACAUGCUUCUAACUCUGGAUCUCGAGGGCAAUCUCUUUUCCUGGGAUACGCUUAGCCUUCAAGUUUUGCGAAGUUUUGGCAAAAAUGUCGUGCACUCUACUUUCAGCAAAAGUUCAGCAGCGGUGUUGUUCGUUAACGAAUCAAAUAUCGUUACGAUUUGCGACCUUAAUGGGUCGGUAUACCUUGAGCACAAGUUUGAUCUGCCCAUCACAGUUUUAACCUUCCUUGAAAAUGACGAUAAGGGUUUGGAUGUUCAUUCCUACCAAGACGAAAUAGAGAUUUUUGGUCUGGGAUUUAGCGAUGGAUUAAUUGAGAUCAUGGCCUUGAUACAAGGUAGCGAGCAUGUGGCAUGGGAGCUGAAGCGACUCAGAAGCCUUACCUCAGGGUCGAAAAAGCCUCUUAAUCACCUGAGUAUCAAUACUUUACGAGAUCAGGGAGGUCAAACUGCUGACAAGACGUAUCAGGUCAGAGCUAAGAACAAAGACAGUACAUAUGUGUGGAGUUAG